AUGGACACUGACACCAUUAUUAUCGGGAACGGGCCAUCGGCCAUGAUCCUGUCCUAUAUUCUUCAUGGCCAUUUCCCAUAUUAUUCACCUAAGCAUCCGCACCCCGAUCCCCUGCUCCACGCAAAACUCAGGGAUGUCCCAGGACUCCUGGAAGCUGAUGUGGAGGCUUUAACCGAGCAUUUUGCUGCUUCACGUCUCUCUUACUCAACCCAGGCUCUUCCCGUAAAUGUGCUCCUGGACACGCUUGUGCGUCCCAGCGUUGAUGUAGAGGAAUUGGAAAGCAAUACCAAUGUGGAGUGGCGGUAUGAGCCUGAGAAAGCAGUCCCUCAUUUAGUGAUCGGCAAUGCACCCCGGCCCGGUGGCCAGUGGACCGAGAAUCCGAUGCCCGCAAGCUGGGAAAUCCAAACCCUGAGCUACGCGUCAAUGCUUUCCCUCCCCGGAUACUCCUUUGGCGACCAUUAUCGCAAAACCACGGGCAAGGAUCUUCCACCUUAUACUCGACCCAGCAGGCAAGAAACCGCUGACUACUUCCGAUUCUACCCACAAGCCGUGCAUAUCAACGACGUUUUCCGGUGCAACGAAACCGUGUCCGGCAUCACACGAACGAACAAUGGGUUCUUCAUUCGUUCGCACAAUGUCAACUGUAAACAUAUCGUCUUGGCCAGUGGAAUCUUCUCCGAGGUGUUACAGCCUUGUCCACUCUUGCAGCCUCUGGUAUCGCUUCAGCCAACUCCCGAAACACCGCUUCUUGUUAUUGGGUCUGGUUUCUCAGCUGCGGAUGUCAUCAUCUCCGCGCCAGCGAAUCAAAGGAUUAUUCACAUGUUCAAAUGGGAUCCUGAGGAACGGCCUUCACCCCUUCGAGGUUGUCAUCAGCAGGCGUAUCCUGAGUACGCUGGUGUAUAUCGAUUGAUGAGACGUGCCACCAUCACCACGGAACCUCACUCAACCAAACGAGCCAAGUCGAAACGGACGGCAUCAACUCCUUUCCUGGAGAGUCGGGCAUGGGACGAUAUAUAUGAAGGAUUUCCAAAUGCAGAGAUUAUUAAUGUACAGAUGCAGAAGGAUCACGCGAUUGUGACCUUUCGUCAGUCAGAUGGGGCAAUCCUAUCCCGAACUAUCCGCGGGAUGGUGUACGCUACCGGUCGAAGAGGUACCCUCAAAUAUCUCGACCACAGUCUUUUAGAAGAGGUCCUCAGCGGCGAGGAAGGGAGUGAGGUAAAUGCUACGAUAUCAGGACAGACAUUGCGAGCGAAGGCCAUUGAAAAUGUGGAGAUUGCGCACGAUGUCUUUAUCAUCGGUAGCUUAACCGGCGAUUCUCUCAUCCGUUUUGCAUAUGGAAGUUGUGUCCAGGCAGCUGGAAAGUUAAUCAGUGCAUUUACCGGGGAUGUAAAAGCUAAGAGCAGACCACUAGCCGCUUCUAGGCCGCAAGACUUUUCCAUUGGGGUGAUGCAUGGCAUUGACGGCCAUGAUGUUUACCGUCCUAACGGGCAACCCCAAAAAUUCAGUCAAGAGCAUGGCACAAUUAUCUCACCAGUGCCCGAAAAGAGCGAACCAAAAGGGAUUUGGGGUUGGCUGGUAGAAAUCUGGAGGGGGUCUGUUGUAUAUUGA